GGGUUAUGAUCUGCUGAUAUACGCUGAGCGUCAUGCGGGCUGUUCCCCUGUUUCUGUGCUGUAACACAUUCUAUAGGCGAACAGGAAGCCAGUUUGUUGGAGCGGCUGCUGCAUCUGUGUCCGCUGACCGGCGAAACAACACAGGAAUGAAUAUGCACCAAGGAGUAGGGCAAAAGGAAGAGCAGGAGGAGGUGACCGGACUGGUUUGUCAGGAGACUGAUCUCCAUGAUGGACAAAUGAAGGAGGUAACCGUGGAGGACCAGAAGGUGCUGUUGGUCCGUACCAAGGGUCAGUACAGUGCAGUUGGGAGCAGGUGCUCCCAUUAUAAUGCCCCUCUCAUUAAAGGAACACUGGUUGGAGAGAGGGUGAGGUGUCCUUUUCAUGGAGCCUGCUUCAAUGUGAGAACUGGAGACAUCGAAGAGUAUCCAGGCCUGGACUCUUUACCAACCUACAAGGUCAACGUCAAAGAUGGGAAUGUUUACGUGUCUAUAAAUAAGAAGUCCAUGAAGUUGACCAAACGGGUGAGGGAGAUGUGCACGGUCCAACCUGAUGUCAAACACACCAUCCUGUUGGUAGGAGGAGGCCCUGCGUCGCUUGUUUGUGCCGAGACUCUUCGUCAGAACUGCUACCAGGGUCGCAUCGUCAUCAUAACCAAAGACAGCCUGCCUCCGUUUGACAAACCCAAACUGAGCAAAGCUAUGAAUGUGGAGAGCAGCAAUAUCCUCCUGCGGCAAGAUGACUUCUAUCAGCAAUAUGGAAUAGAAAUGUGGAUCGGGAAAGAGGUCGUCUCUGUGAAUCCGACUAAGAAAUCAGUGAUGAUGAGUAAUGGCAGCUCGGUGCUUUACGAUCAACUCCUCAUCUCAACAGGCUGCAGAGCUCGCUCUCUCAGCUGUCCUGGAUCAGAUUUAAAGGGAGUGCAUCUGCUGCAGUGCUAUGACGACGCUAAAGAGAUUCACGCUUCGUCGGUCGGCAAGAGAGCUGUUGUAAUUGGAGCAUCCUUCAUAGGUAUGGAGGCAGCGUCGUACCUGUCGGACAAAGCUGCGAGCGUGGCCCUGGUGGGGCCCACUGAGUUCCCGUUUGAGAAAUCUCUGGGGCCAGAGAUCGGCAAGAUGACCAAGAAGAUGUUGGAGGAAGCCAAUGUAAAGUUCUUCAUGAACAACAAAGUAAAAGAGAUCAGAGGGGAGAACGGAAAGGUGAAGGAGGUGGUGCUGAAUGACGGUACUGUCCUGGAAGCUGAUGUGGUGAUAGCAGGAAUAGGUGUUGUUCCUAAUACAGACUUCCUAGCAGGAAGUGACGUGGCAGUGGAUUCGAGAAAAGCAGUUAUUGUGGAUAAGUUCAUGAGGACCAAUGUACCAGACAUUUUCAGUGCCGGGGACGUCACCUCCUUCCCUCUGACCAUUCGCAGAGACCAGUCGGUCAAUAUCGCUCACUGGCAGAUGGCCCACGCUCACGGGAGAGUAGCAGCUCUGAACAUGCUGAAUAAACCAACCACAAUAGAGUCCAUUCCUUUCUUCUGGUCUGUGUUGGGUGGAAAGAGCAUCAGAUACGCAGGUUACGGAGAAGGCUACACAGAGAUCAUAUUUAAAGGCAAAGUGGAAGAACGGAAAUUUCUGGCCUUCUACAUAAAGGACGAGGUGGUGGUAGCGGCGUCCAGCCUGAUGUUUGAUCCCGCUGUGGCUCAUGUUGCAGAGCUGAUGGCUAAAGGCACAGUCAUAACAAAGGCACAGGCUCAAUCUGAAGACCUGAGCUGGCUGCAGAUGUAACCGGGAUCCAUCAGCAGCAGAAAGAAGUCGUCCCAUUCAGUGCCUACCUCCAUCGAUACAUUCAUUGCCUCGCAUACUGCAGCAAACUCAUUUGACUGCCCUUCUUUUCUUACUUAAUGGUGCUGUUGCCAUAGCAGCAAAUAAAGCUUUACUGCAAAUUAUUUCAUUUCCCUGUAACCAUUAUAGUGGAGCGAGUGUUUGUUUUCAUUGCUAAACUGUACAAUGUUCCUGCUGCACUCAUUAUAGGCUCAUUGAGGGGCUUUCAUUGUGAUCCAAAUUGAAUC